AUGUCCCAACUAGAAACCACGACUGCUGCGAGUGAGCAGCCAACUGUUGCAUAUGACACUAAUUUCUGCUUCCCUGUUCGCGAGUUGGAGAGCGAACGGGUCAAACUGACACCUUUCAUCCCUGACCUACACGCAGAUCUCUACUUCCAAGGUUCAGCUACCUAUCCCGAUCUCUACGAAUUUAUACCUUGGGAAACUUUUACCGACACUUCAGACUUCGUGAAGCAAGUGAUUGAUAAUCGCGUACGACCUGACACUGGGGUAGCCCUCUAUGCUAUCAUCGACAAGACGCGUACCAGUAUCACCCCCUCCUCAUCAGCCAACUUCGCCGGCAUCAUAGGAUACAUGAACACAUCUCCCGCAAACUUAUCAACCGAGAUCGGUUACGCAAUGAUCCUACCGCCGUUCCAGCGAACGCACGUCACCACGAACGCUAUCGGCUUACUCCUUCAAUACGCCCUCGAUUUACCCCCGCAUGGUCUGGGGCUUCGUCGUGUAGAGUGGAAGGCAAACAGGCUGAAUACUAAGAGCAUAGACGCUGUGCAGAAAUUGGGUUUUAAACUGGAGGCUGUCUUACGCUGGGAUAGGAUUUUCGCUGGCUCGAAGGCAAGUGCGACGAAUGGAGUGGAGGAGAGGGAGGGCGAUCCGCGUCCUGGCAUGGUGGGGACAGAUACGGCAUUGUUGGCAUUGUGCUGGGAUGAUUGGGAGAGCGAGCGUGCACGGAUCCUGAAGGUUAUGGACCGAAGAUCGUGA